CUGGUUGGGGAUCAGUAUGAAAAGCAAUAAAUUAACAUGAAUGAGUAAUAAUGAAAUCGCUUGGUGUAUCGCUUUGUUAUAGUUUGGAAAUUUGAUUUUUAAUUUUAAUCCGAAAAAUGCCCCGAACACCAGAAACUAGCAAUAUUGGCCAAACCUACAAACUGGUGGUUGUAGGUGGUGGUGGAGUUGGUAAAAGUGCAUUAACUAUCCGGUUUAUUCAGUCAUAUUUUGUUACUGAUUAUGAUCCAACAAUUGAAGAUUCAUAUACUAAGCAAUGUGUCAUUGAUGGUCAAGUAGCAAGGCUAGAUAUUUUAGAUACUGCUGGUCAAGAAGAAUUUAGUGCAAUGAGGGAACAAUAUAUGCGAUCUGGUGAAGGUUUCUUGUUGGUAUUUUCUGUGACUGACAGCAACAGCCUUGAUGAAAUGUACAAAUUCCACAAGCAAAUAUUAAGGGUCAAAGAUAGAGAUGAGUUUCCUAUGCUUUUAGUUGCUAAUAAAUGUGAUUUGGAAGCUCAACGUGUGGUUCCAUCGUAUGAGAUACAACAAAGAGCUGAGCAGUUAAAAAUUCCAUUUGUGGAAUGCAGUGCCAUGCUUGGUCGCAAUGUUGAAAAUGCAUUCUAUGAGCUUGUAAGGCAAGUUAGAAAAUUUCAAGCAGCAGAGAGACCUCCUAUUAAACCAUCCAAGUCAAAGCCUCGGAGAAGAUGCACAAUUCUGUGACCUGCUCAGUCAUAAUUUACUUUUCUUAUGUGGUAGAUUUUAUAACAUAUAUACAUUAUAGAUAUAUAUGUACAUACAUGCAUUCAUCAAUCUCUAUAUGAGUGUGUGUAUAUAUAUAUAUAUAUAUAUAUAUUAUUUGUAUAUGUAUUGAUUGUAUGCAUAUGUAAGUGUCUUUGUACCACAUUUUGUUUACUUGGUGUGGUAUGCAUAUAAAUAUGUCUGUAUACUUAUAUUUUGUACCCACUCAUAUACUCAUACGCCACUAAAGCAGUUGUUGAUAGCUUUCCAUUCUGAAAACAUGUGUUCAUUUUCAUAUGGCCUUGAUAUUAAUGGCUAGACUGAGGGAAACUAUUACAAUUUUAUAUCAUUUCUACUUAAAAUUAUUUAUAUAUGUUGUAAAAUAUUAUCUGUUAAAAAUAUAAAUUCAAAAUAAUUUUACCCUUUGUAUAGCAAAUAUUUUUAAAAAGAGGCUUUCCUAAAUGGGCUUAUAAAAGUAAAAUAAUCAAUUGCUCAGAGUAUUUAAAUAUCAUGUUUCAUAGAAAUAUUUAGGUACUGUUCAGGUGCAGCGUCAUAUCAGUCAGCAUUUCGUGUACAGACAGUUGUUUAUUUCAGAUUUUAUAUUUAUAUGUACUCCAUUUUUUGUUCUCAUAAUAGAACAAGUUUUAUCCAAAGAUUGUUAUUACCUUUUUCACACAGUAUUAUGUUUAUUUUAGAUUGCUUUGAGGUUAACCUUCAAAAUCAAUUCAAUCAAUGAUUUAAAUAUGUGUAUAGUUGUAUUUUUCAUUUGCUUUUAGUCAUAUGUGGAAAAGUGUUAAAGAUCAUAGUCAGCAAAACUUUUGUACAAAAUGAAUAUCGAAUAUUUACUUUAUACUGUUGUGCUGUACAACAUCAAUUUCUUGU